UAGCUCUUAAUAAUAAUGGUGAUGUCACUGACAGUCCCAGGUAUGUAUGAGUAUCAAUUGGAGUCACACUUUGAGCACUACUGCCAAAUGAAUGGAGGGCAAAGAUUAGCAUUUGUACCUGUAGUAGCAGGUGGAGAGAGAGCCUGUCAUAUUCACUACACUACAAAUGAACUCAAAUUAAAUGAAGGAGAGUUAGUAUUAUUAGAUGGAGGUGUUGAGUAUUGUGGGUAUGUUAGUGAUAUUACACGUACUUGGCCUGUCAAUGGAAGGUUUACAGCUGCACAGAGAGACCUUUAUGAAGCUGUUCUGAGAGUGAAGGAAGCUUGUAUUAAAUGUUGUCAAGUUGGUGUAACACUAAAUUACAUUCACUCAGUCUCAAAAGAGUUGCUACAAGAAGAAUUGAAAAAAUUAGAAAUUUUACCUACUGAUCUAGAUGGACCAGAUUUAAUUCAAGCACUCAAUGGUUUGUAUCCUCACGAUAUUGGGCAUUAUUUAGGAAUGGACGUACAUGACACGCCCCUUCUGUCUCAUAACGUGGUUCUUCAGCCUGGUAUGGUAAUUACUGUAGAACCAGGUGUCUACAUUAGGAGGGACUUCCCCAUUCAAAACCACAUCAAAGCUAAAGAGUUUCUUGGAGCUGCUGUAAGAAUUGAAGAUGAUGUCCUCAUUACUUCUGAUGGACCUCAAGUACUGAACAAAGGGACACCUCAAACUGUUGAGGAAAUAAGUGCAAUAAUUAAUUAAUUAAUUAAUAAUUAAUUACU